CCUUGAAAAAAGUAUCUGGCCACGAUGUCACAAAUAUUCAUAUAUCGCGAGACCUUGUGACGUCAUAUUCCAUCAGGAAAGGGAGAAGUAUGUCGCUAACGAGCUUUCUACCAGCGCCUACGCAGCUGUCCCAGGACCAGCUGGAGGCGGAGGAGCGGGUUCGCACCCAGAGGUCUCAUUCCACAGCGCUUGUGUCUUCGCGUAGAGAACCACCCGCCUAUGGCUUCAGAAAAGCAUGGGUCCCCCGCACAAUGGAGGAAUUUGGAGAUGGAGGUGCUUUCCCAGAAGUCCAUGUGGCCCAGUACCCGCUGGAAAUGGGCAGAAAGAAGAAAACCUCCAAUGCCCUGGCAUUGCAGGUGGAUGCUGAGGGCAAAAUCAAGUAUGAUGCCAUUGCCAGGCAGGGCCAGGGCAAAGAGAAGGUGAUCUUCAGCAAAUACACAGACCUACUUCCUAAGGAAGUCCUAAACGACGAGGCCCCAGAGCUGCAGAGGCCUGAUGAGGAGGCUGUGAAGGAGCUCACGGACAAGACGCGCGCUGCUCUGGACAAGCAAGUCUCGCAGAAGAUCGCCGCUGCUAUGCCUGUUCGUGCCGCAGAUAAACAGGCCCCAGCUCAGUAUAUUAGGUACACACCUUCACAGCAGGGAGUGGCGUUCAACUCCGGAGCCAAGCAGCGAGUCAUUCGCAUGGUGGAGAUGCAGAAGGAUCCCAUGGAGCCCCCACGCUUCAAGAUCAACAAGAAGAUUCCUCGCGGACCCCCAUCUCCUCCUGCUCCCGUCAUGCACUCCCCCAGCAGAAAGAUGACUGUGAAAGAACAGCAGGAAUGGAAGAUUCCUCCAUGCAUCUCCAACUGGAAAAACGCAAAGGGUUACACAAUCCCACUGGACAAGCGCUUGGCUGCAGAUGGAAGAGGCCUGCAGACGGUUCAUAUCAAUGAGAACUUUGCCAAGCUGGCUGAGGCCUUGUACAUAGCAGACAGAAAAGCCCGAGAGGCAGUGGAGAUGCGCGCCCAAGUGGAGAAGAAGAUGGCUCAGAAGGAGAAGGAGAAGAAAGAGGAGAAACUGCGCGAGUUGGCCCAGAUGGCUCGCGACCGCAGGGCCGGGAUCAAGAGUCACGGAGACAAAGCAGGUGGUGAGGACGGUGAGACCAGGGAGCGUGACGAUAUCCGCCACGACAGGAGGAAAGAGAGACAGCACGACAGGAACAUCUCCCGGGCCGCGCCCGAUAAGAGGUCCAAACUGCAGAGGGACCAGGACCGAGACAUCAGUGAGCUCAUCGCCCUGGGCCAGCCCAACCCCCGCACCUCCAGUGACGCCCAGUAUGACCAGCGGCUCUUCAACCAGAGCAAGGGAAUGGACAGUGGCUUUGCUGGAGGGGAGGAUGAGAUGUACACUGUGUACGACCAGCCCUUCAGGGGAAACAGGGACAUGGCCCAGAACAUCUACAGACCCAGCAAGAACGCAGACAAGGACAUGUAUGGGGAUGACCUGGACACACUCAUGCAGAACAACAGGUUUGUGCCGGACCGGGAGUUCUCUGGUGCCGACCACGGCCCUCGUAGAGAUGGUCCUGUCCAGUUUGAGGAGGAUCCUUUCGGUCUGGACAGGUUCUUGGAGGAAGCCAAGCAGCACGGUGGCUCCAAGAGGCCCUCCGCCAGCGGCCGCUCCAAGGACUACGACCACGAGAAGAAGCGCAGGAAGGAGUGAGCACAGCCAGGGUCUGGAGACAUGCCGCUAGCUCCACAGCAUCUUUAUUUCGGGUGUAAUAUGACCGUAUCCCCGACGACAUUACCAAGGACUUCUUGUGUUGUUACCUCGGAGUGGAUCUUUAUUUGCUCCACAUUCUAAUGCCGUCACACGCGACCUCUGAGCUGAAUCGUAUAAUGUGUAUUUUCAGUAAAAACACCACCUAGUCGUUUGUGAAACAUAUACAGUCCCCCCUCAAUAUUGCUUAUCAUUCCUGUUAUUUUAAUAUGGUUUUGAACAGUAGAUGUGUUUCUUUUCUUUUUGGAUUGUCAGUAUAACCAUGUGCUUCUGUUUAAGUGUUGAUAGAAAAGCUGACCCAAUAAAUUUUUACAUGGAAAGGCCAUAACUAAGUUAAUAUUUUCUCAGUAUCCGCAUGUAUAGCAUUGAUCUCGUAAAACCCUGAGGAUCAUGUUGGAGCUCAAUUGUUAGCACAGUCCUCUCAACCAAUGACGUAUCAAGUAUACUUACCUCUUUUUAUGUUGGACUAUUUCUGACUAUAUUUUAGAAGUUACAACUAGAUGAAAUUAAUACAAGCCACUGAUCCUGGUUUCUCUCAUUGUGAGGCAAGAACCAAUAUGCUUGGAUCAAACCACAAUUGUGCCAAAGUGCUGUGUCGAGCCAGCUACUGUUUGCUUAAUUCUGGUUUAAAAAACAAAUAAAAACAGGUAUGCUGCAAGGACCAGUGUAAUUACA